UAUUACGCCGUUAAUUUUAAAAUCAACGCAACUCGUAGCUGAAACGCUCAGCCUUCCGAUUGAGGUUUUCGCAGAGAUGUGCGAUGGAAAGUCGGCGUUUUCGCCGAUGAGCCUCGGAGCAUCGGCCGUGCGCAUCCCCACUACUCACUACCCCUCACCCGUACACCCACGACUAGUAGCGGAGAUGCCCGCUAAGAUUCAUACAUUACCACAACGCCACGCUCUGGUCUAAACACACACAGAGACUCGCCCAUCAUGAAAGUCAUCAUCACAGGAGCCGGUGGAUUCGUUGGACAGACCCUUGCAAAGAAGCUAAUCGAGACGUCACCCGAUACGGAACUCAUCCUUGCCGACGUACAAGCACCUCCGAAUCCAACGAAGUCUGACAAAGUCGAGUGCAUCGGAGCAGACUUGACGAACGCUGACACCCGCAAAGCUUUGAUAGAUCACGCGCCAGAUGCGGUCUACAUCCUGCAUGGUAUCAUGUCGAGUGGCUCGGAAGCAAAUCUGGAGCUAGGCUUGAGUGUCAACUUCGACAGCGUUCGUGGACUUCUCGACGCCAUCAGAGAAAAGAAGUCCGGCACCAAGGUCAUCUUCACUUCAUCGUGCGCCGUAUUUGGAAGAGCUGCCGUAAAGAACGUCGCAACGGAGACAGAUAUCGUCCCGAUGCCCGAGAGCUCAUACGGAACGCAAAAGCUGAUGGUGGAGUAUCUUGUCAACGACUACUCAAGGAGAGGCCUCAUUGAUGGUAGAGUCGUUCGCCUGCCUACUAUCUUCGUCCGCGCUGGUGCUCCAACGGCUGCUGCUUCAUCAUUUGUUUCAGGUAUUGUGAGAGAGCCAGUUCACGGACAAGAAAGCGAGCUCCCUGUCGACCCAAACAUCGGAAUAUGGCUCGCCUCUCCCCGGACGUUGGCUCACAAUCUCGUCCAUGCCAUGAACGUUCCUGCCGAAAAGCUCGGUCAUUUCCGGACGGUGCUGCUGCCGGGGUACACGGCGACUAGCGGAGAGAUCUUAGAGGCGCUUGAGAAAGUGGCAGGAAAAGAGACGCGAGCUUUGGUGAAGGAGAAGAGGGAUGAGAAGAUCGAGAAGAUCGUUCUGAGCUGGCCUGGCAAAUAUGACACGUCAAGGGCGAAGGAGCUGGGAUUCUCGGAAGAUGUGGGUUUGGAACAGACCAUCAGGGACUUCAUCGCGGGCGAGAAAUAGAAAGACUAGGCAUCAAGCGGUCCGCAGAUGAUUUUGGUGUCCGAUCGAAGGCAGCGGACUACGAGCAAGCCGCGAGCCAGGCAGGGAGGCACUAGUCAUUUGCUCCAUCCAAUUAUGGCUAGCCGGGUCCCUGAAGGGGGCGACCCACCACUCUAGGAACCCACAUCUACAACAAAUAAUCUUUCCAU